CGUGCGACUGAGUUGCGCGAUACCAAACAUCCAACGGGUUACAUUACAAAACUUCCGACACGCGCCAUUUCCACUUUCGAAAACUUUUACCCUCUGACCGAACGGUUUUUGCAAGCGCAUCAGUGCACGAUUGCACUGCGGCCCCUUUUUCUUUUCGCUAGUGCUAGUGCUUGAAGAUAUUGGUUGUCAAGUGUAAAGACCAAAUUGCUCGGUCCCUUAAAUAGGUACCAUGUAAAGCCAGCGUGCUUUUUUUCCAAUUUUACACUCAUAUUUUCUAGCGUAUAUUUUCUAAAUAAAAAUGGAACUGUAUGCUGUGAUGUUAUUUAUACUGUCAAUCUGUGGAUCGAUGUACGGUUACUCGUGGCAGGGCGAAGAGACCACCACUAGACCACCAGCUGCCAAAGACUUCACCAUCGAUCCUUUGGUGGUUGAAACGACGACGGGAAUGGUACGCGGUUAUUCGAAAACGGUUCUCGGUCGCGAAGUUCAUGUCUUCACUGGAAUCCCGUUCGCCAAACCGCCGUUGGAACAACUCCGAUUCCGGAAACCUGUACCGAUAGAACCGUGGCAUGGGAUCUUGAACGCCACCAAACUACCCAAUUCAUGCGUUCAAGAACGUUACGAAUACUUCCCCGGUUUCGAGGGCGAAGAAAUGUGGAACCCCAACACCAACAUCUCGGAGGAUUGCUUGUAUCUGAAUCUUUGGGUUCCGCAGCGACUGAGGAUACGGCAUCACGAUAACAAACCACGAGGAGAUUUGCCAAAGGUACCCAUUUUGAUAUGGAUCUACGGUGGUGGUUUUAUGACAGGUUCGGCAACCUUGGACAUCUAUGAUGCGGACAUAAUGGCAGCUACCAAUGAUGUCAUCGUAGCAUCAAUGCAAUACAGGGUGGGUGCUUUUGGAUUUCUAUAUCUGAAUAAAUAUUUUGGGCAUGGCAGCGAGGAAGCUCCAGGGAAUAUGGGGUUGUGGGAUCAGGCGCUGGCCAUUCGUUGGAUAAAGGAUAAUGCUCCAGCUUUCGGUGGCGAUCCUCAUCAAAUAACACUCUUUGGAGAAUCUGCCGGUGGAAGUUCAGUGAGCAUACAUCUAUUGAGUCCUGUAACCAGGGGACUUGCGAAAAGGGGCAUCCUCCAGUCAGGAACGAUGAAUGCUCCAUGGAGUUACAUAACAGGGGAGAAAGCCCAGACAGUUGGAGAGGUUCUGGUCAAAGAUUGUGGAUGUAACGUUUCAUUACUGAGGACCAAACCUCAUCAAGUGUUGGAUUGCAUGAGAGCUGUUGAUGCAAAAACAAUUUCUUCGCAACAGUGGAACUCUUAUUCUGGAAUUCUUGGAUUCCCAUCGGCUCCAACUAUCGAUGGCGUAUUUCUUCCAAAACAUCCUAUAGAAAUGAUGAACGAGGGUGAUUACGAAGACAUGGAAAUUCUUUUGGGUAGUAACAACGAUGAAGGGACCUACUUUAUCCUCUACGAUUUUAUCGAUUACUUUGAAAAGGACGGGCCGAGCUAUUUGCAGCGAGACAAGUACCAUGAAAUAAUCAAUCAAAUAUUCAAGAACAUGAGCAGACUUGAGAAGGAUGCCAUUGUUUUCCAGUACACGGAUUGGGAGCACGUGAAUGACGGAUACAUCAAUCAGAAAAUGAUUGGAGACGUGGUUGGGGAUUACUUUUUUAUAUGCCCUUCGAAUCUCUUUGCCGAGUCCAUGGCUGCCAGGGGGAUGAAGGUUUAUUACUACUUCUUCACACACAGAACGAGCACGUCCCUAUGGGGUGAGUGGAUGGGCGUCAUGCACGGGGACGAGAUCGAGUACGUGUUCGGCCACCCUCUCAACAUGUCCCUGCAAUUCAACUCGAGAGAGCGUGAACUCAGCCUCAAGAUGAUGCAAGCAUUUUCGCGCUUCGCUGCACUAGGGAAGCCCGUUACGGAUGAUGUUAAUUGGCCCCUUUACACUAAGGAACAACCGCAGUACUUCAUAUUUAAUGCUGAUAAAAACGGAAUUGGAAAAGGACCUCGUGCUACCGCCUGCGCUUUCUGGAACAACUUCCUUCCCAAGCUCCGGGAAAAUCUAGAUCUUCGAGAAGCACCAUGCGAGGCGGGUGUUGUCGGUGCGGUGUCCUCUUCAGCCGAAGACAUUACAAGUUUCGCCAUCCUGUUAUCACUCUCGUUCCUGUCGCAACUAUUGCUACUGGAUCGACGCUGGAUAUAAAUCUAAGGGAAGAAACAACGUAGGCCGUGGCAGUAUGUAGUUUCCGUAGUUUAUCAGGAAAGCUGUAGGUUUGUCAAUUUUGUUACAAUAUGUAUAGUAAGUAAAAAGAAAAUAACGCAAACGAAGGAACGGGAAGGAACGUUGAGGAAAAUCGAUCACGCUUGUUAAGUAAACCUAAUAACACAACGUUAGUCCAGUCCCGGUUGGCAUGUCGUGGUGUAAGCGAUAGAUGACAAGAGGUUGAAUGACAACAACUGGGCCAUCGGAGCCAGGUAGUACUACUGUAGAAUUUUACAUCAGUCACUGUUAUUAGUUGUUCCUAGUUCGUGUCUUCUUGCAGACACGAAACAGUCUGUGGUCCCUCCCGCUUAUUUUAUACGUACAUAUCAUAUGAUAGGGACCGGUGUAAUUUUAUCGAUUCGUGUGCGUGAAAACGUUGUUGCUCUUUGAUGGAGUCUCAUAUUUUCCUUUAUCCGCCGAUGAUCGGUCUCGGGGUUGAAAUUGAUGGCGCUAGCUUUAGCGACUGCUUAGAUUUUUCCAACUUCGAUUCAAUUUAAGUAUUAUCAUCAUUCUUGUCUCGUUUGACGUGCCAAACUGUAAUUCUAUUCAAAUUUAUUGGACCAGUUCUAAAUAAAUGAUAAAAUUGGUUUGAUUCCGUCUUCAAAAAUUCGGUAAGGGAUUCUAAGCAGUCGCAGUCAGUAGAUUUUAUAAAACUGCCGAUAAUCUCUACUCGUUGUAAUUGUCUUCUAAAGACCAUGUACAGAGUGUUCUCCUUGUGCACUCCUACACAGUCUGCGACAAUCACUUUACAAUUUAAUAAUAAAGAAAAAAAAUGAUUCUUAUGUUAGAUGUAGGCUUACAGGCAUGUACAACGAGCAUGGGUAUCGUCGUGUCAGAAAGAUAAGAAGUCGAAAAACAGUCAUUUACUUAUAGGAUAUAUCAAACAUAAAAUUAAAAGAUAAACAAUUAAACGAUUUCUAAAUAUACAGGGCCGUGUUCGAAUGUUACUCCACUAGGAAAAAUUUAGGAAAAUUUAGUAUCCUUGAAAGAAUGAAUUUAAACGCUAUUUUGCGAUUAUAUUUGAGAGUAAAUGUGGUUACAAUAUAUGAGAACAGUUGGCUGUGAAUGUUGAUAGCUACUUUUCUAAACAUAUACAUCAAUGUAUUUUCUUCUAGAAUUUUUAUGUGCGAAAAUUUAAAUACCUUUUAAUCAAACGUAGGAAUAAUGAACACGCUUUUUAAGGUCCUGUAGCAAAUUUCCUAAAUUUCCAAUUUGAUAAUUCAUUUCACUUUUCAAACGGCAUAGUAUGGGUCACACUAACUAAAACUUAUUAUUAGAAAAACGCACAUUAAAUCCUAUAUUGUCCUUUGGCAAAGAUUUGUAACGGUAUACUGACUUCCAGAGCGUCAUUGGUUAUCCUAUUCGUUCUAAUACCUUCUCAGUUUCCAACCUCUUGUACUCACAAUAUUUUCAACAUCCACUUAUAAGUCCGUACUUAUCUCAAACGCCUUUCUAUUCCGCUCACUGUUCGCACCCAUACAAAGCCGCGAUUUACUUUAAAAAAAUUAUUUAAAGCCGCCCUGUAUAUUUGGAAAACGUAAAUUAACUGAUACGCCCUUUAUUGAACGCUUUGAACAAUUUUGAUGUAACUUAUGAGGGGAUGAACUGCAAACUUCUAGCUUGAGCCCAGUUUUAUAAUUUUUUUAACGUAUUUCAUUAGCUAUAACACGUUUGUAACACAGAAUAGCGAAAUCAAUGUGGAAUAGGUGAUAUUAACAAUGUAUUAGAUCAAUUACAAUUAUUGAAAUAAUUAUUAAAUUAGGGGUCGUCAAGUGUAACUGCUUGCGUUAUUAUACAUGCAUACAUAUAUAUAUACACAUACAUAAUAUUUGUAAUAUUCAAACUUUGUAUAAGUGCUCUAGAUGAAAUUUACACUAUGUUUUGUGUUCUUGAAAGUCUAUCGAUGAUUGGUUGAUGCGUGUAUUAUUGUUUUCUUGUUAUAAAGGGGGUGACCGUGCACAAUACUGUCAAAUGUGUAGGUAUCUAUAGAAACUUUUCGUAGGUGAUAAUGUCACCCUUGUUUAUUAUCAGCAGGUGUUGUCAUGCUUUAGUCGCAAACGGUUUGAAAAGCGUUGACUUUUUUUAACUUUCUAUAAGACACAAGUGGCAAGUUUAAUACGAAAUUUGUAAUAAAAUUUUUAAAGGAAGACUGGAAAAACCAAAUUUUGUUUAAUUUAUUUAUUUUUCACACAAUUAACUACUUUGACUAAAUAAUGGUAAUAUAAUUUAUAUUAUAUGGGUCAUUUUUAGUCUAUAGUAUAAUUUCAAUUCACUGAUUUUAUUAAUUCUUUUAAAGUGGGUAUUAAAUGAAAUUGCUACUAGAGGUGAUUUGGAAUCUUAUGGGUCACGACUUUUGGUAGCACAGUAGCAAAGCUCCGCCCCUUACUUCUUGAAAAUAUUAUCUGUCAAUGGUUAGAGGUUAUUUAGAGCUCUCUCCCUGGCUGUAAAGCGAGGUACAUGGUUAUCGAUGUUUUUAAAAUGUACAUAUAAUGUAAUUGCAAUACGGUCCGUCCUUAGUCCAUUUCCCAGCCCAUGAUAUAUUGAAAUACCUCUACUACUUUCAAACGCCUCGUCUACAGAAUAAUAACAUAAUAAUUAACCAUUUUAGCUGUACUUAAGUACAAGUGAAUAGUUAACCGAAUCAAAGAUACAAAGCAAAUUAUAGAUACCAUUUAGUUCAUGAAACCACUUGGAUAUUCGUGUGUUACAGAGAAAUUAAUAAGCCGGUGUGGCAUCUGACAAGUACAUGGAUGCUUUGUAGUCUAAUACAAUUCUAGUAGGUAUUCCAUAGGUGAAAUUGUCUCUCGCUCCAACGCAAAGGAGAUAGUUGUAUAUUUAUUUGAAUUCGCGCGAUAUGUAGUGGAAAUGUGUACGGACCUAAGGCAGCUCAUCAAGAUGAAAAGCAGUAUGCAAUUUGAAGCCCCUUCUGUCACAAAGAAGCAUAAUUUGCCGUCGGGGCGUUAUUCACCUUAAGAAAACUCAAAAACUUUGUAACAUUGUAUACAUAUAUCAUUUAAGCGUCCAUGGCGAUUCUUUAUCUCACUCUAUUCUCACUUGGAGAGCCCUACACUGCAUGUUUUGUGUACACAAACGCUAAAAUAUCAAAGUCGAGUGUUUACUGAUACGAACAAACAAGAAAAUUCUAUUCAGAAAAGAACCCGAAGGAAAAUGUGAAGUACCAUACCAAAAAUGACCUUAGCACUACUGCUUACAAUGAAGUAAACGUUUUUUCAUGUUUUUGGAAAUUUUCUACAUCUUUUUAUGUCCUUCUAUACUUUAAGAAAUAUCCCUUAGGGUAGACUUGUAAUUCUUCUAAAUGCAAAUGUUUCACCAAUAUUCUCCCUUCAGGAUAAUAACAAUUAAUUUUAUUAGUCACAAUACGUGUCAUAUUAAGAUUGGACUGUCUUUAACAAUCAGUAAUUCAAUUAACCUACCACUGUGUCUUAUAUAACGUUAAAUUAAUUCUAAAAACGCCUCUUAACGCUUAAGUGUCGGUUCACACUAGGCUGUAACACCGCCGACUACAGAAUUAAAUUUCGCGCGGUAUAACCGCUUAGUGUGGACGAAUACUACAACGUAAAAUGACAAAUAGUUAUGUGCCCCUUCGCGCAAAUGUGUAAAAGCCUAUAUCUGUCCAACACCAUUCAUUCGUCAAUUGUUACACGUACAAUAAAUUAUAAAAAACGUAUAAUAUCUGGCAAUUGUGAGUUGCUUAUUGUCAAAGAAGAAGACAAGGCACAAAUUCUAUUGCAUCCGCGAGGGGCGAACUUACUCGGGAAAUAUGAUGUGUAGCAUAAAAACCUUGCAAUAUUUUCAAUACAUACGUAUCAUAAAUUUUUACGGAUAGAGAUAAGUUCGGCCCUGGCAAUAGAUCUUCAGGUGUGCUGAUUGCUCAUUGUUUCAACGCUUAGUAUGAUUAUUAUUGGUACGCUUCGUGGGGCAUCUUUUGGUUAAUCUGACGCCUACAACAACAUCUUCAAAUCUAUACUCAUAAAGUAACGUUCACACAACACGUCUGUCGCGCGACUUUCCGCUGCGGUUCACCUUCGUCGCGCGACAAAUAUCUCUAGUGUGCGCUCAGCCUAAAACUGAUCAAUUGAAAUUUUAUAGCAGAUUUAGAAACGUAACGCUUAAUGAACUAUCGUUGUCAUGUGAAUAUAUAAUUGUGACCACCGAAUUGUGUAAGUGACAAGACAAUUUGGGUGUGGUUGUAGGUGUCAGAAUUUACUGGAGAUGCCGUAUCACUACACUAUUGAUUGCCUAACUAGAUUAGUGCCUAUACACACUCUAUGUAGUAUGUACUGUAUACAUCAUAUACCUCUAGGAUUAGCUUUAUGAAAUAAAAUAUGGUCUUUACGAUUCUAAUAAAGUCUGUACUGGAACGCGGACAUAUCAACAAAAUACAUAUCAAUGAGAUUCUCUUUUGGAUUCAACUUUUGUGCAAAAUAUACCACGCCAACGACGUAAAAAUCGAGACGCUUUAUUUUCUAGUGCUUUGUGCCGCAUGUAGGAAUAAUGACGAUUAACAGUUAGCUACCUAAAACAUAAAUAAAUAGCAAGUAGUGUUUCGGCCUGGUUGUAUACUUUGUAGGUAGAUUAUUCAUUCGGUGUUUACCUGGCUAGUUUCUAAAUUAACUAGCUCCUAACCCAGUUUGAAAAGAAUGUUCUUGUUAAUAAAACUGGUUUAGUAUUUGUUAGUUUUAAUUCAAAAUUUGUAGUUAAAGUACGAACCAAAAUCAAUAUGAAUCAUCGGUACAUGUAAUGGUGAUCAGCUAAAUUGAAAACUAGCCAGUAACCACUUUAACCAUGACCCACUGACACAUACAAAAAAAAAAUAACGAACAAAUACAUAUCAAUGGAAAGACUUACUGUACUUUAUUAGAUAAUACAAUAUAAUAUGUAUAAGGGUAAAUUCUCGUUUAUUAACAAAUUCAUAUAUGUAUAUACACAUAUAUUUAUGCAUUCUUACAGGUCGAAGGAAGUUGCCAAAGGUCAUGCAACAUCCAAUACUUUCUUUCAUAAUUUUUGAAAACAUUUUACGAAGAAUAUACGUAGAUGAAAACAUUCUAUCAAUUCUUUGUUAAAUUUUCUCUUAGUAAUUUUUUUAACAGGUGUCUAAUAACUGAGUUAUUGCUAAUUAAAUAUGGUUGUAAUUAAACCAAUUACAGUUCUACUUGUAAUUGACGAUGAUUCGCCUAAUUCCGUUUGAACCAAUCGUAAUAUAGAGUAUUAUGAUUGAAACGCGGUUAUAUUAAUUGAAAUGAAUGUUCAAUUACAAAGGACUAUAAUUUUCCUUUUCAUUUAAGGCAUUAAAAGUUCUUUAAAAGUGUGAAAACAUAAUCCGAAUUAAUAUCACUCUUACACUGUUCUACCUACUAAUGUUGCAGGGUGAGACAUUUUGGCAAUUUCUUUUAGUUAGUAAAAUGACCAACUACAUACAUAUCACUGGAAAACUGUUUAAAUUCUGUAGUUUUGCACUAUUAUAAUUUAGACAAUCACCUUUUUAAACAAAAUAAAAGUCAAUAAGAGGACACGUAUCCCAACUUUCUUAUGACAUGCAUUUCUCUGGAUAAUUCUGAGAUUCACGUAAAAUGUGGAUAUUAUCCAUUGAUAAAUAGAGUGAACGUUAAUAGGUAAUAUAUAUAUAUAUAUUAUAUACUUAUUAUUUAGAGUCACCGAGGGUUGAAAUUGAUAUCAACUUUAUAACUAAACGUUAUGUACAAACGUACAUAUAUGUACAUAAACAACUGAAUUUAAAUCUCAAAACAUAGAUUACUUUCUUAUUUAAAUUUCCAAUUUGUUAUGAAGUUUACAUCGAAAAAUCAACAUGUACAGAAAUACAUAGAAAAGACGAGAAAAACGAUGGCUUUUUCACCCAGUUUAUUUGUCUAUACGGUUUUAUUUUUAAAAUAAGUUACCAUGUUAGGACGAAAAAAAAAUAUAUAUAUAUAGUAAAAAAAACUAACGUAGACGUUGUUAUUAGUUGUAAAAUUAGUUCUUUAGUUGAAGAGCGUACGAUGUGCUUGUAAAAAGUUGAAAGAUAAAAUAAUAUAAUAUAUAUUUUUGUCAAGAAGGCUACUGAAGCUUUAUUAAAUGUUAAAUACAAUGUGUAUUAUUGUUUUUGUGUUUGAUGUUAAGACGAGCUCUCGGUUGGUUUUUGAUGUGAUAAAAAUAUUAUGUAGACGCGCUGUUAGAUCUAAAAAAUACAAGGAUAAAAGAACUAUGUCAUAGGUACAAACAUACGCAGUUUGGCAAAUGAACUUAAAAUUGUAAUUUCUCUACAGAAGACACAAAGUUUGCUUGCCGAAUUGCGUAUCAGUAAUUACUUUAACGUUUGUGUAUCCAUUAUUAAGAAUCUAUGUUAGACAGAUACCCACU